AUGCUGCGUGUUUUCUCUGGCAGUUGUCUCUCUUUAGAGGAUAUGGAGACUGUUCGCCGCUCUAAUUUAGUGAAGAGACCACAUAUAUUGGGACCUGGUGAUGAUUUCUUCACAGAGGAUGGAGAACCUGUUCGUCCCCAACCUGCUGCUCAUACUCUUCAGAAGGUGUUUUCUGGAAGCGCAUUGGAUCUCAACGCAAUGAAUGGGGAUAUACUCUCAGAGGAAGAGAUACCUCCUUUCUCUGGUUCUCGACACCAACUGCAACAACAAGAACAGCAAGUGCAAAAUCAUUACCAAUUGCCGCAAUAUUAUCAACAACAAAAACAGGAGAGAUCCCCAGGUACUACGGUAUCAACUAUUCUUAAUCAGUUAUCAUCUGAAAGUGAAAAGGAACGAGCAAAAAGUGUCAAGAAUAAGACGAACGUACUGGUUAUUGGUGGUAUAGGAUAUAUUUCUAGCCACAUUGUGGCAAAACUCCUAGACGCUGGGUAUACUGUACGAGUUACUGUCCCUGAUACCCUAAGCCAACAGGAGCGAAACGAACUUUAUUCCAUGGACCGUGAUUCAGAGCAGCGUCUCAGUAUUUUUGAAGCAGAGAUGACGAAUUCAACCACAUUACGUGAUGCGCUACGUGGCUGUAAGUACGUAAUUCACUGUGGCUUUCAAGUAAAUUAUGGUGUGAAGGAUCCUGUUGCAUUACAUGUGAAUGCCGUUCAAGCUCUUUUUGAUGCAAUAAGAUUGGCUGGUAAAUCAACAGUGAAGCGUGUGGUGAUCACCGGCGCAGCGACCUCUGUGUUUCACGUAACAGAUGCCGUUCCCCCCAGUGGUGUAUUUGAUGAAUCCUGCUGGAAUACUGUGGCUACCGCUGCUACCGAUCCUAUUCCCUAUGCUCGCAUUUGCUUUGAAAAGGAAGCAUGGCGUUUAAAGCAGAUGCUUGGAGUAGAAUUGGUAGUUAUUUUACCAUCUAUUACAAUUGGACCAAGUCGUACAGAUGAGAUUAGCGAUGCUAUGCUACGUUUACAAGAGUUAGCUACAGCCUCGCCAACUGUUCCAUUUGCACCCAACUUGUAUUGGAAUUACGUAGAUGUACGCGAUGUUGCUGAAGCGCAUGUUCGGGCUUUGGAGUGUCAAGAAGUAAAAGAUCAGCGUGUUAUAGUCUCUAAUGGGUGCUUUAGUUACGCCGAACUCUCAGUAAUGAUUAAAGAAGCUUAUCCGCAUCUUACUCCCCCUACACGAACGGCAAACACGUUCGUAACACUUCUUGUUGGGGCUUUUCAUUCACAAGUGAAGUUAAGAUUUUUAUGGCGCACUACAGGUGUUCGCAAGGUUCUUGAUGCGCAUAAGGCUAUUUCAGAGCUUGAAAUGAAAUUUAUUCCCAUGAAAGAAACGAUACGAGCAUCCAUUGAUCAAAUGAUUCGUGCUGGAGAAGUGAGAGCUCCCAAUGCCCCUCGAGCUGUGCGGAAUCCCACACUGCUUUACGUGGUAAGCACCGUUGGUGUCGCAAUCACUGCAGCAGGUGUGGCAACAUGGGUUCUAGCACGAUGGCGAAAGAAUAGAUAA